UGACGGGCGGGUGUCGCGGCUGAGGGAGCCAGGAGGCGCCUGGGGACCAGAGCUGGAAGCCUAAAGUCAGAGCCCAAGAGACUAAAGAGCCACCCCUUAAGCCGUCCACCAUGGGGGAGAUGGAGCAGUUGCGGCAGGAAGCGGAGCAGCUCAAGAAGCAGAUCGCAGAUGCCAGGAAAGCCUGUGCUGACACUACCCUGGGAGAGCUGGUGUCCAGCCUCGAAGUCGUGGGACGUGUGCAGAUGCGGACACGGCGGACCUUACGGGGACACCUGGCCAAGAUCUACGCCAUGCACUGGGCCACCGACUCUAAGCUGUUGGUAAGCGCCUCGCAAGAUGGAAAACUGAUUGUGUGGGACACAUACACCACCAACAAGGUCCACGCCAUCCCGCUGCGCUCCUCCUGGGUCAUGACCUGUGCCUACGCCCCAUCAGGGAACUUCGUGGCCUGUGGGGGGCUGGACAACAUGUGUUCCAUCUACAGCCUCAAAUCCCGGGAGGGCAACGUCAAGGUCAGCCGGGAGCUGUCGGCUCACACAGGUUAUCUCUCCUGCUGCCGUUUCCUGGACGACAACAACAUCGUGACCAGCUCCGGGGACACCACAUGUGCCCUGUGGGACAUCGAGACUGGGCAGCAGAAGACUGUGUUUGUGGGGCACACGGGGGACUGCAUGAGCCUGGCUGUGUCCCCUGACUUCAGACUCUUCAUCUCGGGGGCCUGCGAUGCCAGCGCCAAGCUUUGGGACGUGCGGGAGGGGACCUGCCGGCAGACUUUCACUGGCCAUGAGUCGGACAUCAAUGCCAUCUGCUUCUUCCCCAACGGAGAGGCCAUCUGCACGGGCUCAGACGAUGCCUCCUGCCGCCUGUUUGACCUGCGGGCCGACCAGGAGCUGACCACCUACGCCCAUGAGAGCAUCAUCUGCGGCAUCACGUCUGUGGCCUUCUCGCUCAGUGGCCGCCUGCUCUUCGCGGGCUACGACGACUUCAACUGCAACGUGUGGGACUCCAUGAAGUGCGAGCGCGUGGGCAUCCUCUCCGGCCAUGACAACAGGGUCAGCUGCCUGGGGGUCACAGCUGAUGGGAUGGCUGUGGCCACCGGUUCCUGGGACAGCUUCCUCAAAAUCUGGAACUGAGGAGGCUGGACAAGGGGAUGUAAAAGACCAUGAAGACACUCACUCAGCUGCCCCUCCCCUGCCCAGUUUCUUUAAGGUUUCUUCAAGCUUUUCUCUUCUACACCCCAGCUUUCCCCCUUUGAGGGCAGUAGGGAAUAUGGGGAGCAUGCCUUUGGGAGGCAGCAUCAGGGACUCAUCAGGGGCGGGGGAACUGCCCCAUCUCCUCCCAGGCCUCCCCGCUCCAUGGUCCUGACAGCUUCUCCCUUCAUGAGCAAGGACAAUGGACCACACCCCUCCCUAACCCUAACCUUGGCAGGCCUAGCAGGCUUUGUGCCUGAGGCCGCAGGCCCUAGGAUUCCUCCCCCAGAGCUACCACCUUUAUCUAGACCUGGUUGGCACAGGGUGCUCGGCCCCGUGACUGUGGCUCUGACACAACUAGGGUCCUGGCCCCCUUCUCCUCCAUGCUUUCUCCUUCGUCUACCUUCUUGCCUCUCCUCAAGUACCUGCAAUAAAGUGUAGCGUCUUGUA